AUGGCCUGGUACCCAUCCUCGAUGCGUGCCCUCACCCUUGCCGUGCUUUUCUCCGCGUCACUAUGGGUUGCGACUCUCCCGCGCUCCGCGGAUGCAGUGCAACUCUCCUACGUGCUGUCGCAGAUCCGCAAUUCGAGCAACACGGGCCCGAAGCCCGUCGACUUUUCCGCGGGAAUGGUGGAAUUCGCCGCCGGAUACGACAAGGCCACCGACAUUUCAGGCGGUUCCCUUCUUCUGCCCAUUAACGACGGCUGGACUAACGCGCUCGCGGGCUACAAGAAAAUCAACCCGGCUGCGACAACCUCGUCGGACCCGGUUCUCGAGGCGCUCAGCAUGAUAGUGUCCUCUUCGGGAUCCGUGUCGGCCCUCAACGGCAUGUCCGCCAACGCCAAGAACGCCAUGUCGCGCCUCGCCAAGUUCAUGGCGAUUAGCCAAUACGUUGGACCCGCCGACAUGCAAACUGGCAACUACAAGAACGGGCGGUUCAGCUUAAGCACGGCGCUCAACCAGCCAAUCUUUCUCUACGCCAACGUCACUGGCUCCAUGCCUGCCGCGGGCUUGGAUCACGUCUUCACUGGGACCGACCGCGGCACCGUCGACCCCACUACUUCCGCCAAGAAUGGACUCGUAGCGGGGAGUGACGCUGGAGGGCCGAAAGCAGUGGCGGAUGUGACAGCCGCGUUUGCUCUGAGCAGCUCCACUCAAGUGUUGGGCAAGACCACGUCGUCAUCUGACAUGUCCGCGAUUGUUGUAACCGACCCCGUGUUUCCCGCCACCAUGAGCUCUCUUACCAGCUCCGAUCCCGUGCAACCGUAUGGCAAAGUCGCUGGUGCACUUGCGCCAUCGGUGAGUGUGGGCCAUCAGCAUCACCAGCGCCGCAGCCUCGCUGCUCCUCGCCUUCCCCUGCCUUCUCUCCGCCAACCUCGCCUGGAAUGCCCUCUCCCACCACUCGUCCACCCCUCCCUCCCUGCCCUGCUCCUCUCCCACUGCCCCCUACCUCCCACCACCCUCCACCGCACUCCACUCCUCCUCCACGCCCUCACACCCCGCCGUGCGGCUAGCAUUGGUUACAAGCAGCAGUACCCCUCACACACCCCCACAUCUCUACUGCUGCUGUCUCUGACGCCCUUGUGUUACACCUCGCCCACUCCCGUCCCCACACGACCCCCACUGCCUUCUUCCUUUCGAACACUCUCCCACGCCCAUUGCCCCACUCCCCUCGUGAAAAAACCCGACUGCCCCCCGUCCUGUCCUUCACUCCCACCCGUCCAUUCCCCCAUUCCUUCCCGUCCAAUACCCCACUCUCCCUCGGCCUUUUCGCACACAAUAAUCCUCCCUUUCCCCAACGCCAACCCUCAGCUUCCCCCACUUAUGUCGCUUUCCCCCACUUCCCUCCGUCCAAUCCCCAACUCCCCCUCUGAAACUUCCCCCCUCUACCCAUGUCAUCCUCUCUUCCCCCCUCUAGGGUUGUCAUCCUCUCUUCCCCCCUCUACCCAUGUCAUCCUCUCUUCCCCCCUCUACCCAUGUCAUCCUCUCUUCCCCCCUCUACCCAUGUCAUCCUCUCUUCCCCCCUCUACCCAUGUCAUCCUCUCUUCCCCCCUCUACCCAUCAUCCUCUCUUCCCCCCUCUACCCAUGUCAUCCUCUCUUCCCCCCUCUACCCAUGUCAUCCUCUCUUCCCCCCUCUACCCAUGUCAUCCUCUCUUCCCCCCUCUACCCAUGUCAUCCUCUCUUCCCCCCUCUACCCAUGUCAUCCUCGCUGUCCCCUGCUACCCCACCCCCACUCACCGACCCACCCUCCUUUUGCUCCCCACCAGGGUUUAGAGGCGACUGUCAGGGGCCUGGCAUUUGUCGGUGACUCGUCUGCACCCCUUCCCCCCCCCACCCCCUCACUCCCCUCACCUCCCUCUGUUUGCUCCCAACCACGAGCGUGA